AUGGCUUUGGUUUUACGGACAUUAUUCGUAUGGGUGCAAAAUUUUGGCGCUUUCCUUGAACGUGAUCAUGGAUGUCUCAUCAUUGAUAAUGCAUUAGUACCAUCGACAAUCUGUAAUCAAACAGGAAAUAUUAAUCCAGAUAAUAAAAUUACUUCUAGUGGUUCUUCACCAACAUCUCGUGCUUCAUCGCAAUCACCACAUGCUUAUCGAAGUGGUGGAAGUUCUUCUGGAUCAUUUUCGUAUGCUGCAAGUGUGCCAUACAAUUUACUUCCAUCAAGUCAGAAGAAAUCUCAAAAUAUAUCGAAUGUUACAUCAACUGCUAUCUUAAGCGAGAAUGUAAGCGCUGAAUUAACGAAGCUUUCUGAUGGACGUUUUGAGAGACUCGUUGAACAGCUUCAUCAAAUUCAUCCGCUUCAUUUAAUUUUUCAUGAUCUAUCAUGGUAUCAGAAAAGACCGACGCUGCUGUUGUUUUGGUUUUUGAAAAAAUUACGAAAUUUACGUCGUUUAACUCUUCAUUCAAUUCGAGGCGAUCAAAUGGUCGAAUUGCAUAAGGUGUUCUGUGUAGACGGAAUUGAUGAAUUGAAUAUUAUUCAACCGACUUAUAAUGCAUGCAUUAUUGUUAACGAAGGUCUUUUCGAUGCAUUUCUCCAAGUAAACAGUGCAAUACGUCGACGAUUUCGUUUACGCAUCACUGGUAAAACUGGCAUUAAAGCUUCCACUCUUUGUAAUUUUAUUCGUAAAUGGCGAAAUCAUCGCGAAAUUGUACCGUUCCAUAGUAUUCUCAUUGAUGAAGCAUGCGUUUCUUCAUCGGAAUUUGUUCAUGCAACAAAAUGUCCCGGAUGUAGUGAUUGUGGUGGUGAAGUUCUACGACAUAAAUCCAAUGGUACCACCUGGAAUACUAAGCAGCUUGUUUUUCGACAUCGUAAAUACAAUGUUUGGAUCAAUUAUAAAUCUGAAAGCGGAUAUCUUGUAUUCACCUAUUACAAUCCCAAAGAUAGUAAUCAUUUUACGGUGAAAACAAUGGAAUCUGAAAGCACUGUUGUUUCAUUCUAUUCAUCAUCAGCACCAAUAUCUCAAGAAAAACCGGAAGAAAGUGAUAUAGCUGAUCGGAAUUGGUCAUUAUUUAAGAAACCAACGGGUACUGCAGAUGAAUUGACAAUUUUACAACGAAUUUUUGCUCUUAUUAGAAGCAGUGCUUAA